AUGUCUCGAAACUAUAGCGCUAAUCAAUACGAAAAGACAUUUGAUUCAAAACGUUUACAGAUGUACUCUAUCCCGAAAGAUCAGCCUGGAGUGCAUCCAAAACGUGUUUCAACGAUGAAUUCCACAAAUUUUAUCACCGACGACAGUGGUAGACUUCUGCCAGGAAUACAAAAAAACUCACGUAACCCUUGGGGCGAGUUUAUCGGUACAUGGGAUUUACCAAAAAGAAUCCCAGAUCAAUUUAAAAACUAUGUAAUUUAUUAUCGUGGAACGUUCAAAAUAAUUGUUUCUAACGUAGCUGAAUGGAAUUUAAACGUAAUUAAACGCCGGCAAAAACGUUCAGUAUUAGAACACAGUAAUCCCUUGGAUUCUGUUUACCUCGAACGAUUUCUUACCUAUCGAGAGCAACAAAAUUGGCAAAAGUUAUUAACAAAAUUAUCUUCGACCAAAAAAUAUGUUAAAUUACGUCCCAUUGGUUUUACACAUGAGAAUCGGACACUGACAGUUGUUCAAAUAUCGACAAAAUUAAAUCAAUCAUUGAAGAUAAAACGAACAGGUGUCUGGAUUGAUGCCGGUAUACACGCGAGAGAAUGGUUAUCAACGGGUAUAGCAAACUAUUUUAUUAUAUAUCUGCUGACAUUGAAAGAUAAAAAUAAAAAAGUAAAAGAUGUAUUAAAAUAUUUCGAUUUUUAUAUAUUGCCAAUGAUGAAUCCUGACGGAUAUGAAUAUUCAAGGAAGACAGUUAGAUUAUGGAGAAAAAAUCGCUCUCCAAUAAUUUAUCCAGACUUUAGGGCGUUUGAUAAAACUUGUGGUUAUGGAGUCGAUUUAAAUCGUAAUUUUCCAUUUAAAUGGAAAACAUAUCCUGGGGCAAGAAAUCCAUGUCAAGAGACUUAUCGAGGUCCAUCACCAGCCUCAGAAGCUGAAGUCCAAAGUGUCAUUCGGUUUCUAACAAAUAGAAAAAAGGGACAUAAGUCGAUGCAUGGUCAGUCUGAUUCCUAUCGUUCAAUGCAUGUCUAUUUCAGUUUACAUAUGUAUGGUCGGCACUGGUUAUUACCGUGGAGCUAUACAAGAAAUUCAAAACCAGCUGGUUUUAGUUCUAUCUUGCGUCGAAGUGCAGAAGCAAUUAAACUAAUGUCAGGAAUUAAUAAUCAUUCCUCGUAUACCGUAGGACAAGCAUCUCUUCUCCUGUAUCCAUGUGGAGGAACAUCAAUUGACUUUGCUUCCACACAUAUGAUGCAUUCUUUCACAAUUGAAUUGCCCCCACAAUGGGUUGAUCUGCCACUGUGUAUAAAGAAUAAUCGAACUGAACAAAAGAAUUGUUCAAUUGGGUUUUAUGCUGGGGAAGAACGGAUUAAAAUAGAUGGAAAUGAAAUAUUUAAUGGUAUUAUUCAUUAUUUGUGGUCUUUGUGCUAUUUCUGUUCAUCGACAAUUUGGCCAGGUCACGGUAUUCAAUUUGUCCGUAAUGAUUGUAAAAUAUUUCGUUUUUGUCGAUCAAAAUGUCAUCGUGCAUUUAAAAAAAAAUGGAAUCCAAGAAAAUCACGUUGGACAAAAGCACAUCGAAAAUUCACGGGCAAGGAAUUAACAACCGAUGGCAUAUUCGAUUUCGAAAAACGUCGAAAUGAACCAGUUAAAUACAAUCGAGAGUUAUGGCAAAAUACAAUGAAAGCAAUGGAUAAAAUAGAUGAAAUACGUACAAAACGACAAUCACAUCAUGUAAUGAAAAGACUUAGACAAGGAACAUUGGAUCGGAAAGCAGCUGAUAUGCGUGAAGUUCGUGAUUAUAUUCAUUUGAUACGAGCACCCAACGCUAAUAAACCAAUGGAAGAAAUAGAACUUGUACAAAAAGCUAUGGCUAAACGUGUAGCAGCUGAAAAAACUGGAACAACUAAAACAUUAUUUAAAGGACGCAAAACACCAAAAAUUGAAGUGAUUAUGGAAACAUCAGACACAGAAAUGGUGGCUGAAGAAGUUUAA